AUGUGCCACUUUCAGGUCUCCUCACACUGCUGGUGGGUUCCAUUUUGUCAUAGGGUGCUGGCAGAUUACGGGCCUCCCAUUGCUGCUGCCAGGCCCGUAAUCUGUCAUGGGCCCCUGUACCGCCUCCUCAUGCUGCUGCCAGGUCCAGAGUGUCUCAUGGGUCCCUGUACGGCCUCCCAUUGCUGCUGUCUCCAUCGCCACACUCUGCCAUGUGCCACUUUCAGGUCUCCUCACACUGCUGGUGGGUUCCAUUUUGUCAUAGGGUGCUGGUGGGUUCCAUUUUGUCAUAGGGUGCUGUAUGGCCAUUCCCAUUGCUGCUGCCACUUUCAGGUCCCUCCACCG